UGAUUGACACUCUAGGCCACAUAGUUGUGUGUGGAAUACUUCCAGUCAUUUCUCCAACAACCAAGAAAAACAGAUUCGAUGUCAAUAAGCGACCAGUGCUGUUCUAAUCCUCCAACUCUGAUCCCAGACUGUGGAGCAGGGGAAGUGCAAGAACUUGGAGGGCUCACCUGCUAUAUUUCUGGGUCUGCUGAUUCCAAGAUUUCAAUCAUUUUGAUCUCAGAUAUCUUUGGAUAUGAGGCUCCUAAGUUAAGGAAGCUUGCCGACAAAGUUGCUGCUGCUGGAUUUUAUACUGUGGUUCCAGAUUAUUUCCGAGGAGAUCCGUGCGAUGCUGAGAGAUUUCACCAGGUUUUUCCUGGUUGGAUAAAAAAUCAUUGCCCUACACAAGGAUCUAAAGACACAAAGCCACUCAUUGAAGCUUUAAAAAGCAAAGGCAUAACCAAGAUUGGCGCUGCAGGCUUCUGUUGGGGAGCCAAGGUUGUUGUGGAACUAGCAAAGGAAGGUUAUAUCCAGGCUGGCGUGCUGAUACAUCCUUCAUUAGUAAGUUUAGAAGAUAUUCAGGGAGUUAAGGUUCCAAUUUCAAUUCUUGGAGCUGAGCACGACCAUGCCUCUCCACCAGAACUUGUGAAACAAUUCGAAACUGCUUUAAAUGCUAAGCCUGAGGUUGAUGCCUUUGUCAAGAUAUUUCCCGGAGUUUCACAUGGAUGGGCCAUAAGGUGCAGCGAUGAUGAUGACCACGCUGUGAACAGCGCAGAAGAGGCUCACGGUGACAUGUUGGAUUGGUUUGUUAAGUAUUUGAAAUAAAUCAUGUUCAGCCCGCUUCGUUUGUUAAGUACCUCAAACAAAUCAGAGAAAUGUGAGAAGUUCAUAGUGUUAUUUAUCAUGGCGUGGCGACUUAUGUUGGUAGGGUUUAUAAUUCUUGCAGCAACUCGGUUGAUUUAUAAGUGGAGUUUUCAUGUAAAACUACAAGUUGGCCUGUUUGCUUAUGUUCUCAUUUUCAGUUAUCAUCGUUAAAUAUGUAUUUUCAA